ACCCCUGGACCAGGGCGAGGGACCCACCCACAUCAUGACCGAGACCACCAAGACCCACGUUAUCUUGCUUGCCUGCGGCAGCUUCAAUCCCAUCACCAAAGGGCACAUUCAGAUGUUCGAAAGAGCCAGGGAUUAUCUGCACAAAACUGGAAGGUUUAUUGUGAUUGGUGGGAUCGUCUCUCCUGUCCACGACUCCUAUGGAAAACAGGGCCUUGUGUCGAGCCGGCACCGUCUCAUCAUGUGUCAGCUGGCCGUCCAGAAUUCCGAUUGGAUCAGGGUGGACCCAUGGGAGUGCUAUCAGGACACCUGGCAGACGACCUGCAGUGUGUUGGAGCACCAUCGGGACCUCAUGAAGCGGGUGACUGGCUGCAUCCUCUCCAAUGUCAACACACCCUCCAUGACGCCCGUGAUUGGACAGCCCCAAAAUGAGACCCCACAGCCCAUUUACCAGAACAACAACGUGCCCACCAAGCCCACUGCAGCCAAGAUCUUGGGAAAGGUGGGAGAAAGCCUCAGCCGGAUCUGCUGCGUCCGCCCGCCUGUGGAGCGCUUCACCUUUGUGGAUGAGAAUGCCAAUCUGGGCACAGUGAUGCGGUACGAGGAGAUUGAGCUGCGAAUCUUGUUGCUGUGCGGCAGUGACCUGCUGGAGUCUUUCUGCAUCCCAGGGCUCUGGAAUGAGGCAGAUAUGGAGGUGAUUGUUGGGGACUUUGGGAUCGUCGUGGUGCCUCGGGAUGCAGCCGACACAGACCGAAUCAUGAAUCACUCCUCGAUACUCCGCAAAUACAAAAACAACAUCAUGGUGGUAAAGGAUGACAUCAACCACCCGAUGUCUGUCGUCAGCUCAACCAAGAGCAGGCUGGCCCUGCAGCAUGGAGACGGCCAUGUCGUGGAUUAUCUGUCCCAGCCGGUCAUCGACUACAUUCUCAAGAGCCAGCUGUACAUCAAUGCCUCAGGCUAGCAGCCACACAGCCUCUUCUCCACUCUCCCCUCGUCCUCCGCCAACACACUGGCCCCUCCAGUCUCUGUCAGUCCCCCUGUUUCUCUCCUGCCUCUCUGUUUCUCCAUCUCCUCAUCUUGACUGUUCUCCCCACUUGCUGACUCAAGCCCCCACAGUGUGGGGGACCUGCAGAGAACCAACGCAUACCCUAUUCCGCAGUCAUCUUUGGACAAACUUUCCUCUAGUCUCCGGGUUGGGGGUGGGUGAGGGAAUAAGGGUGGGAGUUGGGGGAAGUGCAGUCCUUGGAGAUGUGCUGGUGUCUGUCUCCCAGCAUGCUCUAGAGAGCGGCUCUGGUGCCCAUCCUCCCAGCAUGCUCUGGGGAGGCGGCUCUGGCUCUCGCCUUCCCAGCAUGCCCUUUACCACGAAGGGCUAUUUUUCUUUCUUUGUUUUUUUUUUCGUCGGUUUGUUUUUUGUUGUUGUUGUUCACUCCUCAUAGAACUUGGAUGAAAUCAGUGUCCGGGAUUCUUUAUGUUUGUAGUCUUGAUGCAUUCCUGUGGGAUUACUUUCCUUUUGAUAGAUUACCGUAGCCAGCCUCAGCAGGGGUCCGUGCAAGAGGGCCACACCCAGUAAAGAAGGCCCAGCCACCUCCAAUUCCCCGACACCCCCACCCAUCUACCCUCUCACUCACACACAGCAGCAGCAGCAGCAGCAGCAGCAACAUUCUCCUUUGAAAGAUGAGGGAGCAGAAGUCAGGAGUGAGACUUUGUGAAACCUGGGAUGCAAGUCUGGCAAGAGGAAGUUUUCUCAGAGGAAUCUGAAUCCAUUUCCUUAGUUUCAGAAGACCAUUUUCCUGACGCUCUGGGCCUAACAUGACACAGAGCCAGUCCAGCCUCAUUUUCUGGUGGCGUCUGUACAGUUACUUCUUUCGGCUGUGACUGAUGGCAGAGUGUAGGGUUCCCUGCCAGCCAAGGCAUUUCCAAGGGAACUUCAGAUCACCAUGGAAGCCCUUCGAGGCCAUACUUAGCCACAUUCCUGCAUCUGAGAAGAAUCUCGUAUGUAAGGCCAAAUCCUAAUAAUGCAGUCAUUUCUUAAAUAAAACAUGCUAGGAAUUUACUCAACCCUAGAGAUCUUUGCUAAUUGGAAUUAUUUAUUGCCCAUUUGGUUGGGAAACGUCUCUGUCCUAACGUAAGUCCAGGACGACCUAGGAGAAAACAAUUUGUUGCCCUGAUGGGAAGCAAUGGUUCUUACCCCCUCUAGCUGCAACACGGGUGGUGCUUGGGGUCAAUUCCUCCUUGAGAAGCAAUGCCUUGCCCUUGUUUCUGGGGUUGGUCAUAUCUCCUCAGAGCUCAGCAACCACAGUCAUCGCCUGAGGAAAUCUGCCUGGCAGGGGAAUGGGUUCACAGAACACAGGUCAUGAGGGGCAUCAAGAGCCAUUAAACUUUUUUACUCCUCUUUUCUCUAAUUUCCCUUUCUCUGCUGCCCCCACAAAUAGUUUUGACAGACCCUGUUCCAGUUGUUCAGCCCUCAUUCAUGUCCUGCUUGGAGAGCUGAAAGGAAAUUAUUCUCUUGUACGCUGUGUCUCUCAUCCAGUUUCUCUUUCUUGGGUUCCUGGUUGUCCUGGAGGAAUGGUCCCUGAGCAGCAGGAUAAUUUUAUCAAAAUCUAGUACUUCCAGCUACGGCCCAGGAGAGGUUAGGUGAGAUCUGACACCAGGGUCAACGUUCUUCACCACACAUUUCACAUCUGCAACCUCCUUCAAUAGCCUCCAAGAAAAGGAACUGGAUUCAACAGAAGAACAUGGUAGAGUAGCAUCCAGGAGGGUAUUGCUCCUCUUGGGUUAUGGAAAUCAACUCCAGAGGAGGAAGGAAGAUCCUAUUCUUGGGUCUCAGUAUUUGGCUAAGGAUCAUGGAAUCAUGAAUUAAAAUAACCAUAGAGAUUAGUUGAUCCAACAUUCUCCUUUAAAAGAUAAGGGAGCAGAAGUUCGCUGGAUUAAAAGGCUGGUCCAAGGUCACACAGCAAGUGUAGAGCCUUGUAAAAGGAUAUUGUUUCCCUGACCCUUAGGUCAUCACACUACACAAUCUCUGCUCCUCUGGUUCCCCAUGAUACUGGCCAAGUAACGUGCUUUUCAAUCUUUACCUGGCAACUUUCUCUUAAAUUAUGUCUAUCCCAGGUGCUCCCUAUAUAUGGCAUUGUGUAUGCCAGUCCUGAGGGAGGAUUUGAUCAUGAGGAAGGCCAUAGCUAGGUUUCCUUAGAAACUAAGAGAUCUCAGCAGCUUGGAGGAAACCCCAGAAAAGGACCCUCUGAAUCCAAGAAAGGAUUGCUUUGUGGAAAGCUAAGAAAGCCCCAGAAAGUGCUCAGGAUGACUCUGGUGCUGGAGAGAGAAAGGCAGAAGAACCUUUGUCUAGGCAAAACAGUCAGCAAAUGAAACAAAGGAAAAGAGGGAGCUGGAUUCCCUGGAGGAACACAGCAGUUUCAAGGAUAUGGAGUUUAUGGAAAGAAUUUCUUAUGAGGAUCCACAUGAGCAUCUCUGAGAAAGACCAGAUAUCUUUUAUCCCUUUCAUCCACUCUGCUACUCUGCUGGACUCCGUGGUCAAGCCCCAUUUAGUCCGCAACCUAUGAGAGGAAAGUGGGCUUGUUCUAUGCACACGGGGGCCAAAAGGCACAUAAUUGGGGAGAUGCAGAUGAGCUAAGGAAAAGAACAGGGCCAUAGAAGAAGUAGAUUUCCAGGAAUGCAAUGGGGCAGAUCUUAUCUGGGUGGAUCACAGGAAUCAUGUUAAAAUACCUUUCUUUAAAUACAAGGAAAAGAGUAUCCCCUUUGGGGUAAAAUUGUCCAAUCCCCACCCUGCCUCAUUCUUCAUUUGCUGGGGAGAGGUCAGAGCCCCUCUCUUAGUCUAGGGCAGGACAUUGUGGCUGUUAACCAGCUAAGGCCAACAUCAGAAAGAUGAUUCAGAGUUGGAAGGAGUAAGCCAGGUGCCAAUAGGAUGACCUCUGGGCCCUGACUUCCCCUCUGGGGUCCUGCUCCCUCCUACAAAGGCCAACCCAAGGCUGGCAUGGCUCAGAGUUGGUGAGAAAGUCAUGGGCUGGAAUGAGCAUAUCAAGAGGGGUCUGGAGCCUCGUUUCCUGCCUAACAAUAAAAAAUGGCCCUCCCAUUUUUCUGAAAGUAGCUGAUAUGAGUAAGAACAGGCAAGAAGGGAAUCCUUUGUGUCAAUGACUCUCUCCUCAAGGAAUGGCCCUCUGGGGGGUCUGUGCUGCUAGCUGGUACCUCAUUUGCCACCCUUCCUACCCCAGGCAGCCUCUGGGGCCUUCUUGCUUUCAUUUCCUUGAAUGUACAUAGGAACAGGGGAGGAAAGUCUCUUACUGAAGUGCCUGAAACCCAGAGCUAGAGCUUCUAGAGACGCUGUUCUUCCUGUCUCAGCUUGGCCAACCUUUCCCCAAAGUUCUCUAGUCUCAUGCUCCAGCUUCUCAGAAGGAAUAAAAGAACUUGUUGUUCUAAUUAAGUAGAAAGCGAGACUCGAUCAUCAACCCACAGCAAAAGACAGAGAAUCCCAGGGAGAAACGACUUGUAUUUUAACCGCCCAAAUCUACUCUCCCAGACUGAUACACUCACACUCUUUAGGGGACUAAGAGAGAGAAGCAUGUUAUAUUUUAUUCAUCAAAAGAGUAAUGCAAAAAUACAUCAGUAGAAUAUGAAAAGCUCAGGAUCUCUCCCAAGGCUGCUGCAGGAAGGCCGGCAGGUGAGAUGGGAAGGAGGGAAACGGGGACCGAUUUUGUAGCUCACCCAAUUAGGACACCUUAGGAAUAGCAUUGUGGUCAUGACGAUGAACAUGCUCUGUCGGAUUCAUCCCGCCUGCACCCUCCUAUAGCUGCCCAGUAAAGUCACCUCUUCACGUGGUUUCUCUGUCAUGUGAGUUUGGAGUGUCCUACUAGCCUGUUCCAGUUAGUUAGGAAGGAGUUAUGUUCGUUCCCUCCUCCUUCAGUCUAGGCCCAGGGCCCAGAACUCGGCUUGAUCCAAGUGGUCUCAGGAUUGGCAUGGGGAGGGGGAAGCUUUUUUUGAAUCACUUUUUGGUCACUGAAUCUGCCCUUUGAAGAGUAAGAUUUGCUUUAACUCAUUAAUAAAGACUACAUUCAAGUUGCAGCGCCACUUCACAGUGAAAUAUUUUGAGUAAAAUUUUGUUGCUAGAAUAGUCACAGACAAAAGUUUUAUCAGCAAAAUGUUUCAAUGACGUUAAUAAACAAGACAAUGCUACUAGAGUCUCGUUGCUUGGUCUAGAAUCUUCUCUGAGGGUUGCCAAAUUAAUCGCUUUUUCUUCAUAGUCUUACUUGA